AUGAGAUCAUCGAUUAUUGCCAAGCACCUGGCCAACGUGGCUCUCGUAGUCUCGUUGGCUCUGCUCGGCCUGGUCGAUUUCACGGCCCCAACCUUUGUGCGCCUCGCCAUCUUCACUGUCAGAACCACGGACCCUGCACUCUACAACGGGGCCUGGCCGACAGUAAGUUAUGGAACUUUUGGCUAUUGCGUCGAGGUCGGCGCCGACUUCACCACAACAAAAGGCAGGGCUCUCAAGCCGGGCUUUGCCAUUUGCACAAAACGCAGCGUCGGCUACGAUGCGUCCAGCGACGUGAAUGAUAUUUACGGGUACCGCGUGAGCCCCAUAGACGACGAGGUCGCGCACAAAACCUCGCAACUAACCAGCAUCCUCGUGCUGCUCCCCAUUGCCACCCUGGCGUGCGCCGGAGGCUUGGGUCUCGGGCUCUGGUCCCUUUGGCGGCCGAGCAUCAGAAAGACGGUGACUAUAGCCGUCAUUGCGUGUGUCACGUUUGCCAUGACGGUGGUGAGUACCGUUUGCGCAUUUACGGCAUUUCACGACAUCCAGUUGGCCCUCGGGGAGGAUGACGGCAUGACGACUGGUCAAUUCGAUUAUGGCAUGGCUGCUCUGGUGGCAGCCUCGGUCUUUCUGUUUCUAGGGACGGCACUGCCCAUCAUAAGCUCCAUUCUUGCGCGACGGGAAGAAGGAGUUCAGUACGGCGCCAUUGACAAGUAG